GGAUAUCGUCGGUCGGUACUUGGUCGCGUGUGUACGUACGCGAGUGCAUAUAGGUCGUUGUAUAUACAUAUAUGAUAUCGCACCGUCGCGAAAUAUAGUCGCAGCCAUCUUAUAUUUUGUGUCGGAGAAAAACAAUUUGGCCGUACAAAUGUUUCGCGAUUGUCCGUGAAGCCGCUCGAGAACGGGAGGCGUGCGCUCGAUGAGGCGUGACGUUUUUCGACCCUAGCCCAGACUACUACAAUUAGCAAAGGUGGAUUGGUACACAGGAUAUGAGCAGCUUGUCAAGCGCAACCUGACUCUGCUCCCUGAUCAAGAAGCAGUGCAGCAGCAGGAGCCCCAGUCCCAAGAGCUGGCUCAGCCGCAGCAGACUGACAUUAUGACGUCCAUGUUCGAGCAACAGAUUAAAAGCGAGCCCAUGGGCUUCUAUUCUGUUGCUUCGAGCCGCUCGGAUGGUUCCAACUCCAUGGUGAACUUGUCUGACGACAGGGAGGACCUGUCUCAGCAGGAGGGUCAUCUGCAGCCGCAGCAGCAGACGACGCUUCAGUUGAACCCGCAGGCUCAACAACAGCAAACGCAGCAGAAUCAACAGCAGGCGCAGCAGAGUCAACAACAGCAACAACAGCAGAGUCAGAGCGUGCAGCAGGAGACGCCUAGUCGCCAGUCGACAGGCCAGCAGACGGUUAAGGAAGGUUCCAGGUCCAGACCGCAACCCUGUAAAGUAUGCGGCAAGGUGCUAUCUUCUGCUUCGUCGUAUUAUGUACAUAUGAAACUUCACUCGGGCAACAAACCAUAUCAUUGUACGGUCUGCGAAGCGAGUUUCUGCCGCAAGCCGUACCUGGAAGUGCACAUGAGGACGCACACAGGGGAGAGACCGUUCCAGUGUGAGCUGUGUUUGAAAAGGUUUACGCAGAAGAGCAGUCUGAACACCCACAAGCGAGUGCACACUGGUGAGAGACCGUACGCCUGCGACAUCUGCCAGAAACGUUUCGCUGUGAAGAGCUACGUGACCGCGCACCGUUGGAGCCACGUCGCCGAGAAGCCCCUGGUCUGCGACCGAUGUUCUCUAACGUUCACGUCCAAGAGUCAAUUCGCAAUCCACAUCCGUACCCACACGGCGAGCACCACGUACGAGUGUAACAUAUGCGGACGUACGUUUGUACGCGACAGUUAUCUGAUACGGCAUCAGAACCGUGUGCACCGUGAUAUGAAUCAAAGCAAUACCAAUCACAAUCCACCUACGCCGCAGAGCGCCAGCGGUGGCACACCGGGGACAGGCUUCGAAAGUCCUGUCUGCGAUUUACGGUACAGCGAGGGACCAUCAUCGCUGGACGGCCUGGCCGGCACCAAAGGCGGCAUCGCGGCGGAGAUCGCUAGUUUGGCGAAACAGAACAAUCUUCAGCUUCCUCUACCGCUGCUGCAUCCGCAGACCACCAACUAGUGUUUAGACGUCAGCAUGUCAGAGUCCCUACCGCAGUCACACCAGUCACCACCGCAGCAAGUAGUAUAUCCCACCUCGGCGUCUUCGCCAUUCACACUUAAUUCACCCGAGUCUCACGAGCACACACCAUCGCAGAGUGUCUACCAAACUACAGGCUCGUCCAGCUCCCUGGACAGCCUCGGCUCCCAACUCUACCCGCAAAUCUCAUCAUCCCCUAUCGAUUCAUCCGAGACGGAUCAUCAUCAUCAUCAUCAUUCGCAUCAUUCGCAUCAUUCGGAUCAUUCGCAUCAACCGCAUCGCGGCAUUCCUCCACCAGGGCUUCACCCUGCACUCUAUUUAUAUGCUCAGUACUCGAACGCGAGUUCUCCGAUCUCGUAUCCCGAUUACAUUGAACGCAACAAUGAUUGAAACGCCAGUUUAUGCCAGCAGUUGACGAUCUAUCCACCACGAGCGCGCGGCCCUCUUCGAUCGCGUGCCAUUUAAAAAAGAAACACGGUGCUGGUUAAACAAAGUGCCUAAACCAGAGCGUCCGCUUUCUGGACCGCGACGGAUCGCUUCUCACAUCCACGAUCGUUGGAGAAUUUUUACGCGCCGAUAUCUUGUUUCGACUUUUCCAAAACGAGGAGGGGAAGGACACGAACAAGAUGGAAGAUCGAAGCAGGGGCGAUCGGUUGUGAACCGGUCGCCGUCUUUUCGCACGUAUUCGCACGCCGGUAUAUAGUAUACAGAUUAUAUUCCAUUGGUCCAUUUAAUGGAUAAGCUUCUUGUACGAUUCGACGAGCGUAAACGUUUUUAAACCGUGAAAUUCUAAGUAGCACCGUUCGAAGGGACGUGCACGUUGCAACGAUCGCGAUCGGUUCGGAUCGAUAAACCCGGUCACCACACGCCACUCUUUUUUUUCAUUUUUUGUUUCGUCCGUGUUCCAUCAAUCGGCACCUCGUCGUGGCCGCAUCGGUGUUUGCAUAAACGCGUCUCCACCCAGGCGAGGCUGACAAAAAGGUUUUCCAAGUUUCCGCACUCUCUUGAUUUACCUGUUUUUCAAUCACACAUCUGCGAGUACAUAUACAUAUAUAAUAUAUAUAUCUAUGUGUGUAUAUAUAUUAUGCGCGAACCAUUAUACGCAUAACAUAUUUAUAUUAUAUUUUUAAAGGAGUUUAGUCACUUGGAUCUGUGAUAUAGAUAGUAAUUAUUAUCGACAACGUUUAAACUAUUGGUUUACUAUUUUGAUGAUAUCAAAAAAAAGGAAAAAAAAA